AGCAAAACAUCUCAAGAGCCAAAGAACUCGGGAAUGGCAUCUUUCUAGACUGCCAGGCACCUCCGUAGUUCCACGCCGUCGUUUUUCAGUUCAGGGUUUUCGCCAUGCCGCGCCACGAGUCCACGACCGCGAUCAGAUCGGGAUCGAGGCGUUGACCCUGAAUCCAAGCCCCAAUCGAACCGAACGUUCCAAUGAGGCAACUCCGCGAGAGGCAUCUGCAGCUAAAUUCCCUGCUCUGAGUGGUUGGUAUGUGAUGUGAUGCCAUGCCCUGGCCCGCUUGCUGCUCUGCGCUGUGUGAUCACUGCCGAGCUCGUAUCUCAACCUGCUUCAUAAACCCUUACUGUCUCCCCUCGCUUCUCGCCAUCUACGGUAAGCUCUCUGUCAAGCGUCAGCGAAGACAAUCAACACCACUCUCCACACCAAAUAAACAUAACGACAGCCAAAAUGGCAUUUGGAGGCGUCGCCCUGAAGUCUCUCUCCCUCGUCCUCCGCUUCAUCCAAUUCGGCUGUGCCGCUGUAAUCCUUGCGAUCUUCUCUUACUUCCUCGCAACACUGCAUAACCACGACCUGCACAUCGACACAUACAUCCGUGCCGUUGAAGGUAUCUCCGGUGCCGCCGUCCUUUACACAAUCUUCGCCCUGCUCCUGGUGUGCUGUCUCGGCGGCAUCGCAUUCUUCAGCCUUCUGGGAAUGCUCCUUGACUUGUCCUUCUGCGGAGCGUUCAUCUAUGUGGCGUAUGCGACACGCGGUGGUGAUGGAAGCUGCAGGGGAUUUGUCAACACUCCGUUCGGAAGUGGAAACACCAACGACAACACGGUUCCUCAAGGAAACGGCGGAUUCACAAGACUUCCGAGCUUGCACACAGCCUGUCGACUGGAGACUGCUUGCUUUGCGGUGGCUAUCGUUGCUGUAGUUUUCUUCCUGCUCUCUAUCCCAGUCGAACUCGGCCUCAUCAAGCACCGCCGCAAGGAGAAGGCCUUCGGCCCCUCCCCCAACAACGGGUACACAGCUGGCUCUCCCAAGCGCAAGUUCUGGCAACGCAAGCAGAAGCGCAACAGCAUGUACGAAAAGAAUGCCGAUGCCCUGCCCACCCACGCUACACCUGCGGAUUUCAGAACUUCAUAUACUACGGAUACCACGGCCUAUGGCAAUGUCACUUCGUAUGGAAACCAGGCUGGUGGCGUGCCGGCUCAUGGGUACCAGAUCACGGCUACUACUCACACUCCAGGGGCGGCAAAUGAUGGAUAUGUGAGGACUCAUCAGCCUUACAAUAACAAUCCUACUGGGACAUUUUAA